AUGACGAGAAUGACUGAGAUAGGGGUUUUGCCAAAUAUGGUUAUGCUAAUUUUACUCCUUUGUGUCAGCUGUAUUACCGUUAAUGCGAAGGAUGGAUUGCCAAAAAGUAUUAUUACGGAGGAAAACCCAUUCCGCACUGCUAAAAUGAAUUUUAUUUGGUUGAAGGCGACUCAUCAUCUUACUGACAAAUCGGUUUUAAAGUUGGUAAAGAAGGAACUGGAUCGAUUUGAUGGGUUAUAUCUGUCGGCAAAAGAACGUUCGCUUAAAUCAGGAAGGAAUGAUAUGCAUGAAGUGGAUCGAAAAUUGGAGGAAGCGAUGAAGAAGUUCAAUUUGGAUGAAGUUGUAGCAGCCUAUAACAGAAAAGUGAAGUGGAAAGAUCAAGACGGUCGCCGGUCGUCGAAUACUGUUCUAGGAUCUGAAAAAUUUGCUGUGAAAAAAUUAAAUAAGCUGUGGCAAGCUGCUUUGUCGGGGACUUUUACUGAAUAUCAGUUGAAAACUUUCCGAAAAGAGCUCAAAGACUACGAGAAGAAAGAGGAACAAUACCAUGCACUACUGCAAAAGUUUCGUACAAUUCCCCACGAGAAUGCCGUGGAUGACCAAGAUGAUAGCGAAAGGGCUGCAUUGAACCAGCAGCUCAAAAAUAUUUCUCGUGAACUUACAAACGACUACGAAAAGUUUCACGGGAAGAUUUUCGGAACUGUAAAAAGUUCUUUCCGGAACGAAGAAGUCGAUGCUUUAUGGCGAAUGGCUGUCCUGGAUUCGAACUUUAAUGAGUCGGAGCUUGAGUCUAUAAGGAAUGAGUUAGUGCAUUUUGACAAACAUAUGGAUCGGCUGCGCUACCAAGAAGAGGAACUGCAGUCUGCAAAACAAGUUGAGGGCAAGAAGGAUGUUUAUGAGGAGAAUUUAGAGGAGUUCGAAGCGGAAUUUUUAAGGUUGAAAAGAAAGCUGAAGAGACUUGAGAAACAACUUGAGACUAGGAUUAGACAUGUCGAGUUAUGA